AUGGGGGUCAAAACUGAUUUGCAACCCGAGUAUAGAGAAAGACGUAUUCGUUUGCCUCUAGGGCCUUGGAAUUUGUCAAGAGCAAAGAAGAGAGCGGUUUGCAAUUCUUUCUAUGGUAUGAAGGUCCCUGAAGGUUAUUGUUCAAAUAUUAAAAAUCUUACAUCUUUAAAAGAUUCAAGACUUCUUGGACUUAAAUCUGAUGAUUGUCAUACCUUGAUGCAACAAUUGCUCCCUGUGGCAAUUCGUUCUGUUUUGGAGAAGCCUGUAAGUACAAGGGGUAGAUGUAGCCAAGUGGAUCAAGGCAGUGGAUUGUGA